UUUCGCGGCGUUUUUGGGGUGCCUUGCCCCCCCCCCCACCGCCGCCGCCCACCCUCCGCCCGCGGCCGUGGUGCCGGUGCCGGCAGGGCGGGGGCACCCCGGGAUGCGGUCGCGGCCCCCCCGCCCGUCCUGUGCCCCCCUGCCUCCCCCCCCCCCCCCCCGGUGACCCCCUCCGGCCGGGCCGGCGGUGGGCGGAUUCGCCGCACAACUUUUUGGGAGGGAGUGGGGGUGCGGAGAUGCCCUCGCAGUGCCCCCCCCCACACCCUACAAGCUGCCGGAACGUGUGGCCCCGGCCCGGCCCCCGGGGCCGGGGGCGAGGGGCAGGGGGUGUCCCGGCCGCACCUUCGCGCCCCGACACGUGCGGGGCUGGCGGCCGCCAGAGCCCCGCCGGGGCUGGGCAGGGGUCCCUCAGGCACCCGCACUGUCCCGGGACCCGCUGGCGUUAUCGGGACAUGGGCAGCAGCGCACUGGCCCCUCAGCCAGAGGAGGGAAUCUCCUCAGCAGCCCCUGCACAACCAGGGCUGUGUCUGGCCGUGGGCCCCGGCCCCUCUCAUGUCCCCACUGGGGCACCCCGGCUGUCCCUGUGCGCCGGGGACCCGCUGGGCUGGGGGGGGUGUGUCUCUGUGAGGUGCUCAUGCCCCCCAGGACUGCAAAUGAAAGGAUCCUUUUUUUCAGGGAAAAGAACGUCUGGUAGUUGUGAAGUGAGUGCACUGGGAGACCCACCAACGCGCUUCACCCCGCACAGACAAUCUGCUUCAUCUUGGUUCAUCAUCAUUCCAGGAUAGUUGUGUCCUUGGGGCUCUCUCUUGACAUUGAUAUGGUACAGAAGAUUUAAAAUCAGCUGAUGUUCACAAGGAAUAGAGUCACGUGAUGUAUGAAGGCAAACACAUACACUUCUCUGAGGUUGACAAUAAGCCCUUGUGCUCAUAUAGCCCCAAACUGUGCAAGCAGAGGCGACUUAACGGCUACGCCUUCUGUAUCAGACACGUUCUGGAGGACAAGACUGCCCCCUUCAAGCAAUGUGAAUAUGUGGCCAAGUAUAACAGCCAACGCUGCACCAACCCUAUCCCCAAAUCUGAGGACCGUAGGUACUGCAACAGCCACCUGCAGGUACUUGGCUUUAUACCGAAAAAGGAGAGGAAGAAAAAGAAUGAUCCCAUAGAGGAGGUGAAGGUCAGGCAUCAGAUGGAUGCUAUGGCCUUCAGUCUGACAGUGCCCACCCUGGCCUUGAAGAUGCCCAAUGGACUGGAUGGGAUGUCCCUCUCCCCUCCAGGGGCAAGGCUUCCUCUCCACUACCUGGAGGCAGAAUUAGAAGACCCCUUUGCUUUCAAUGAGGAGGAUGAUGACCUAAAGAAAGGGGCAACAGUGAGGAAAAAGUUGCAGAGCAAGUUGGCUCAAAACCGGCAGCGCCAGAGAGAGACAGAGAUUUUAAAAGUUCGCCAAGAGCACUUUAGCCCCAUUCCUGCACCUUUGCAGCAGCAGCCUCUGCAGCAGCAGCACUCCCAUCUGCCACCUUCAUCAGCUUCGUUAAAGCCGACAGGGCUACCGCAGGGCAUCGUCUGCAAGUCACCUCAACCUCUGAACACCAGCCUACCAAUGCAGGGAGUGGCACCCACCACACACACUAUAGCACAAGCCCGGCAGUUGUCUAACAAGAGACCUCUGCCUCUCCUGCCACCCGCCAGGGCUCCUGUCACGGACCCACCAAGGACUGAUCGGGUCCUCAUGAAAGCCACAGCCUUCUCUCCGCACUCGUCCUGCAUGAGCCGGCUACAGAGACUGGUGAAACUGUGCACUCGAAAACAGCAGCUGGACACUGAUCUGUUUCCUCAUUUAGGGCUGGAUUGGUCUGAAGACAGUGGAGAAGAGUUGGAGGAUUCAGAGCAAACCUCCCCUUACCAGGUUGCAUGGUCCAUCAGAGAAAGCCUCGGCUAUGAGAGACCUGAGUCCGAUGAUGACAAUGCAGAUGACAGGAGUUCCAGGGUGACCAGACUUUGCACUUACUUUCAGCAGAAAUACAAGCACCUCUGCCGCCUGGAGCGGGCAGAAUCCCGUCAGAAGAAAUGCCGGCACACGCUCCGGAAAGCCUUGCUGCAGGCGGCCAGCAGAGAGCCGGAGCGUGCUGGGCAGCUCAUACAGGAACUCCGAAGAGCUACAUGUGCUUGUACCAGCACAAGCCAAGUGAGGCAGAGAGAUGCAGAACCAACAACCUGUAGCGGGACUUCGAAGGGAGAGCAGUGCACUAACAAGGCCCUUCCAUUCACCAGGCACUGUUUUCAGCAUAUCUUAUUGAACCGUUCUCAGCAGCUCUUCUCAAGUUGCACAGCCAAGUUUGCAGAUGGUCAACAGUGCUCUGUGCCAGUUUUUGACAUUACACAUCAGACACCUCUGUGCGAAGAACAUGCCAAAAAAAUGGAUAAUUUCUUGAGAGGAGACAGCUCCCGUAAAGUUCAGCACCAGCAGCAGAGGAAACCCAGGAAAAAAACGAAGCCACCUGCACUUACCAAAAAACACAAGAAGAAGAGAAGGCGAGGCCCACGCCGGCCCCAGAAACCCAUUCCUCCUGCAGUGCCCCAAGGGAACCUCACCAUGCCUGCCAGUGUCUCACUGCCAGUAGAGAUACCCCACAUACGGAGCCCCUCCACACCAGAGCUGAGUGCUGAUGAGCUGCCUGAUGAUAUCGCCAAUGAAAUCACAGACAUUCCACAUGACUUGGAAUUGAAUCAGGAGGACUUCUCUGAUGUCCUGCCGCGGCUGCCUGAUGACUUGCAAGAUUUUGAUUUCUUUGAAGGUAAAAAUGGAGAUCUCCUUCCAACUACAGAAGAGGCUGAAGAACUGGAACGAGCCCUACAGGCUGUAACUUCUCUUGAGUGCCUGAGUACCAUUGGAGUACUUACACAGACAGAUGGUGUGCCAGUUCAGGAGCUGUCAGAUAGAGCGAUAGGGGUGUUCUCUACAGGUGCUGGAGCUCCAGGAAUGCAGUCCUUGAGUCGAGAGGUUAACACGGAUCUGGGGGAGCUGUUGAAUGGGCGUAUAGUACAUGAUAAUUUCUCCGGUCUGGAGCUGGAUGAGAACUUGCUCCGUUCUGCUACCUUGUCCAACCCACCUACGCCCCUGGCAGGGCAGAUCCAGGGGCAGUUCUCAGCCCCAGCCAACGUUGGCCUUACUUCUGCCACUCUGAUAAGCCAGAGUGGCCUUGGGGAGAGAGCCUUCCCGGGACAGUUUCAUGGACUUCAUGAUGGCAGCCAUGCCUCCCAGAGGCCCCACCCUGCCCAGCUGCUGAGCAAGGCAGAUGACCUGAUCACCUCACGACAGCAAUACAGCAGUGACCAUUCACACUCCUCACCCCAUGGAAGCCAUUAUGAUAGUGAGCAUGUGCCGUCUCCCUACAGUGACCAUAUCACAUCCCCUCACACCACAUCCUUCUCUGGUGAUAAUUUGGCAGCUACCUUCUCAGCAGAGAUGCCCAUGAUGGCACAGCACUUGCUCCCAACUCAGCUGGAUGUGCCACUUAGCGGGGUGGUCAACCCCAGAACUCACUGGGGAAAUCUUCCUGUCAAUCUUGGGGACCCCUCUCCGUUUAGCAACCUUCUUGGUGCAGAUGGACACCUCCUGUCCACCUCCCUGUCCACACCACCUACCACCUCGCACUCAGAGACCACACAGCCUGCCUUCGCCACUGUGACCCCCAACAGCUCCAGUGUGCUUCCGGGGUUACCGCAGACCAGUUUUAGUGGCAUGGGUCCUGCCUCUGCUGAACUCAUGGGCUCCACCUCCCCUAAACAACAGCUCCCUCAGUUCAGCGCAGCCUUUGGGCACCAGCUGAGCUCCCACAGUGGCAUUCCCAAGGACCUGCAGCCCAGCCACAGCUCCAUAGCUCCUCCCACGGGCUUCGCAGUGACCGGUGCCACCGCUACCAGUACCAAUAACGCAUCCGCGCCCUUCACCACCUCCAACUGAGCUUGUCUGCCUGGCUCCAUGCAGGUAGCAUCUGGCAUGGAAAACUUGGCUGCACACAUUGCUUUGAAAAUGGUGCGCUGAAGUCCUAAAUCAAGAUCAUGGUUCAAGGAUGAGUUUGGCAGUUUCUUAAAAUAGUCUCUUGACCUUCUCCGUGUGCGUGUGUAUGUUUGGGGUGCAGGGAGCAGAAUUCCUUUUCUUCUUUUGGUGAAGAAGGGAGUUGUCCCCUUCCAGAACUGGUCACUGUUCUUAUUGCAUGCUGAUUUUGGAGUUUUUUUAUUAUCAUGAUUUGUAAUUAAUUGAGUAGCAAAGGGAUCAGUUGACUGGUUGCCCAUCAGUUUGAAGGCUGAUAUGAAGUUAGCCCAGGGAAAAAAAAAGAAACAGGAUUGAAAUAGACCAUGGAUUCCUGAAGAUUCCUGUGCAGAAGUUCCCUUCCUUGCUGAAUUACUGUGGCCUUGUAGCAUUGAUGAUUUGCCUUUUCAAGUGUGUCUUUGUCCAGAACUCUUUGCCUGACAGGCUAACAGGUAUUUCCCAGCUGAAACCGGAAGAAUUUGGUUGGUAUUCUCCCUGUCCACACAAGUCUAGGUCAGACCCUUUGCAAGUUUCAAAUGGAUGCAUUUCUCAAAAUAUGUCUAGCUAGUGAGACUUCCUUGGAUAGUUUUUAAUCCCCUGAGAGCCAUAUAGUUUUUUUGACAUGUGUAGGAUUUGAUCCUGUGUUUGGGAAGCUGAAUGUGUGUAAGGAACUAGCAGGUACCUAUCAGCAGUCAUGGCUAACCAAAAGAGAAAUCACUAAAGCAAAAUAGGUAAGAAUUCCUUCUGUCUGCAGGAUGGUUUUGUUUGUACUGAGCACCUGCUAAAGAUAGUAUUCAGACUCUUUGGUAGUAAUUUCAGUUCCUAAAGAAAGGAGUCAACUAGGUUUUAGAAUUUUUUAAAAAUAAUUUUAUUUUUUAAUUUUACGUUUUUUAAACCAAGAGAUAACAACAGAAGAAAUUCUGAGGUGUUUACUUGCAUCUUCUUAUCAAGAAGGAAACAAAGGACUUUGCUUGUGACUCUAUAGGACUCAAAUUUGCUACUGUACUCUGACUUUGACUGUAAAAGUAGCUCUUACUUAAUAUUACAAAUCUCUACUCUUGGUUUAUUUCUGAGAUGCAGAUGAGAGAAAAUAGAAUAUUCUUCAUUUCAGUCUUUUACUGUGGAAGACGGAUUUCAUUCUACCUUACAGGAAAAAGUCCUACCUACGUGUAUUGUAGUCUAUUUCAGGAAAUUAAGAGAUAACCAAGCACAUGUAAUAGGGAGACCUAAUAAAUUUUUGGAGCAAAGGAUCAUUGACCGAAGUUUAGUUGCUAUAGAAAUUCAUUUUGUUAGCAGUCAGGCACACACCAAAAUCUCUGACCCAAACCUCUCCUUCCAUCUUCCUAAGGAAUAGAAUUUAAAUGGGAUAGGUCUUGUGUCUUACUAUUGUAGCAGUCAUACUAUCCGUCUUUUCUUGAAAGAUCUCUCCUCUUUAAAUAUAAAAGAGCGUGGAUGAUGCAUAUGUCCUUUCCUGAAAUUGCAAGUGUAUGUGGGUGGAGGAAACAAAAAUUAUUUUCAUGCUUCUGUUGUUAUGAAGUCAUUAUUUCAUACUUGGUAAAAUAGAUCUGAAUAAUAUAAGCUGAAUAUUUUUAAGUGGUGAUUUAAAUAUGUUUGUAACAUUUAAAUGUUUUUAAAUCACAUAAAAAGUUUAAUUGAAGCCUAUGAAAUCCUGCUUGUGAUUGUCCUGCUGAUUGAGGAAUUGUGAAUGAGGCAAAUCUGAUAAGGCUUUUAUUUAUUUUUGUGUUAUGUUACCCAUACUUUGUUGAGGAGACAACUGUUUGAUUUGCAAAUGAUUUUUGUUGUGUCCAUAUACCUUCUUCAGUUUGUUCAGAUGACUGAAAAGGAGCGGAGAACUAGUGUACCAAAUAGUUUAUUCUUUAAUCUGUUUGUGCAUUCACAUAAUUUUAGAGGGUGUCAAUUUCUGUACAUUGGUUUCAGGACCUUGGUCUUGAAAUGGUUCUUGUGCCCAUCAAACUAGUGCAGAGUAUAUUUGCCCCACAUCACACUUCCCUUUCUUAGAAAAUGCUGGGGGGAAAGGGAGGAGAAGAACUGAGUGCAAACUUCUCCUCGGUCUCAUUGGUAUAAAUUACAAAGGAGCUUUUUCGUCUAAGGUCACCUUGAGUUUGUACUGAUGUAACUCAGAACAGAACCCAGCUCCUGAUCUGUGUUGAUCUAGAUGGGAAUUUCAAAAGCUGUCAGAGGUAUGCAGGUCCACAGUUCCCAUUUGAAAUCAAUGGCCUUUAUGUACCUGCAUUUCUAUAAAGUAGCCUAGGAUAUCAACUCUCUUCCCCCACUUAGAUUUCCAUUUCUGUAUAUCCCUUGAUGACUCUUCAAAAGUGACUGAGUAACAUUUUUCAAUGAGCAAACUAAGUUUGCAAUAAAGCUGCACUUUUAAAAAUAAAUUUCAGUUUGUAUACAUUUGAAAUAGGAAUCCCUCUGUCCUGUUUGACGCAGUGUUCUGAAAUGGGCCACCACUCUUGCCUUUUUCUGGUUCACCUCCCAUUUUUUUCAAUGCCACCAAUGUCAUGGUUACAGCCUAAAAAGCAGUUACGGGUCUUGAUCUUAGCUUUACAAGGUGGAUCAUUCCAGAUGGACUUCUACACCCACACAGCCUGUUGACUUCAGUGCAUCAGUGUCUUACUGUUGGAUGCAAGAGAUCCAAUUGAGGGGUAUGUGCAGUCAGAGAUGUUUCAUACUUCUUCCUCUGGGAAAUACUGCACGUCUGGUUAAGGUAGUCCUUGAGGCUGUUACUUAUGUGGUUCCCAAGUAGAAUCUAUGCUCCCUCACAAAGGUUUUUGAGUAUCAGCUCUUACAGCAAUUAGCACUCUCAUCACACUUUCACCAAAGAGCCAGUGUAGCAAUUUCAGUUCAUUGAUUUGAGAUGCUUAAUACCUGUUGUGCCCUUUACAUGUUAACAAAUGGAAUAAGUCUAGUUGAACCUAAAGGUUAAUUUCUUUACAUAAGAUUUGAGUUUUAAAGAACUGAAAAAAAAUUAGACAUAGAAUAGAAUAUGUAACAUCACUUUUGGCAAUAAUAGCACCUCAAUUAGUCUUUGUACUGAAGUACUUAACCCAAGAUGAAUUUUGACAGUGUAUGGAGGCUUAUCAGGAACAGCUUCAUGCUUGCCUGGUGUUUAAGGCAUUCUUUACCAUACGCUUUGACGUUUCCUUUCCCCUGGGAAGACUUUACACCAACUCUGAGGGGAGCCAUAUGUGCUUAGAUAGCUCAAAACUGAUUUGCUCUUUGUCCUCAUAAUUAUUAUGAUACAAGAUGAUGUAUGUGUGAUGCAAGAAGAUGGAAAAGAUGCGUAAUUUUGUUUCCUCCUGCCUUCCAGUUCCUCCAGGUUCUUGCUUAGAUCCAUUCUUGUUAUAGUAGCAUGCUUCUCCCUGUGGUUGAGCACACUGAUAAUGCUGAGAGGUAGCACAGUUGCAGGUCUGCCUCAGGUACUGUGGAGAAGAUGGCAAGAGCUAGGUUUCCCACUGAAAAUGGGAAUUUGCAGUUCUCAUUUGGAAAGCCUUGGAAAGCCGUGAGAAUCUUAUCAGCUGCUAGGCAAAAAGCAGAGAAAAUCUCUCAACGACUCUCUCUCAAAGGAGAGUUGUACCUAGUAGCAAAGAGAAGCUAAGGGAAGUGGCUUUUUAAUUUUUAAUUAUUUUUUUAAAGAGAAACAUGACUAUUGGGAAAUUCUGUUGUGAGCUGUUAGGCAUGGUGUGAUGCCACUGGCUUUAGGUGUCAAGACAAAAAGCCUAGGAUUGAACCUGCAAACCAGUAUCCAAAUUCAGUUUGAAGCUUUGUUUUGCUGUAACCACAUCUAAAUACAGUCUGGGAUUGAAUCUGGUUGCUAGAAGAGUCCUACAAAAGUGUACAAUAAACACUGGAUAGAUGUCUUCCCUGAGAAGCUGGCCCUGGUGGCUACCUACACUGCUUUUGAACACCAGCUCCCUGAGCUCCUGCAGCCCCUUUGCUGCUGCAUUUCCCUGUAGGUAUUGGCAGACCUCCAAGGGUAUUUCUCCCUAUCUUUGUGCUGCACUGAGCUAAAUCCACUCAUGAAUUCUCCAACAGUAUGAGCCUUUGGGCAGAGAAGAGGGAAGCCUUUUAGAAGAUCCAGCUACCUGUAGUUGGACCUUUCAAGACUUGCAGAGUGCAGAGACAGUGGCAGGAGGUGCUUUCAGCAGACAAACAGUAGAAAAAUUACCUGCAGUGAUUUUCUGCAGUGAGAUGUUUGUGUGGCUGUCUGGGCAGCUUCCCUGGUGGAACUGGUGUAUUUUUGCUUUUGUAUUUUUACAUGUGAAGGAGUCUCCUGUGCAAGGUCCAGUGGUGGUAGAAACAGCAACUGAAGGAAUAGUUUUGGGCUAAUGUGCUGACCAGAUCUUUAGGUCUUUCUCAUCUUCUGAUCACAAGGUCUUUCUGAUCUUUUGGGUAACAUUUAAUAAGGGGAAUUUGUGGGUGCUUCUUGUACCCCCUUUAUUUUCUUUCACUCAGCAUUCUUCAUCAUUCUUGCUUCUAUUUUCCCAUUCUCAGACACUUCUCCAGUGUAAGUGCCAACUGGUAAGUCUUCCAUAGUUCUAAGUGAAUCUGACUGUAAAAUGAAAGGGAGGAGAGAUGACUGCAAUUCAUAACAUACAUUUUGGAUGCUAGAAUGACAGUGCAGUAGAUCAAAGUAUUUCUCAGAUCAAUGAGUAAGGAGAUGUUUCACAGCACACUAAUAUGUCAUGAACUAGAUGCUGAGGAUACAACAUUGAUCAUGGGAGUGCACACACUAGCAGUGAAUAUAGAGGUACUUUUAGCAAGAGUUUGCCUUCUCAGAAAUUCCUCUUCUUUUGAGAAGUGUGUCAGUAGAAAGUCAAAAAGAAAAAUUUAAAUUAUUCUUUCUUAAUACGCACAAGCCCAAAUAAAAGUAAGGAGGGUUGGUGAAAAAAAUCUAUAUUUAUAUUUACUAAACUUGGACUUUAGGGGAAGUCUGGUCAUGAGAGACCUUAGCUCUUGUUGGGUAAAGUUUUGGUCUUGUCUUUAAAAGUAGGCAAAAACUGUUGUUGGGAAGAAAAGUUUGGUGGAGGAGAAGGAGUUAAAAAGAUGCAUCUUAAAACAAUUUUCUCUCUCAUGUCUUCAGCCUCUUUUUUAAAAAAAACAACAAUACAGUAGUGACUAUUUUGGGAGCUUUUCCCUUUGCUGUUCUGGUACUUCUCAUUGUUGUUGAGUUCUUUGCUUUCCCCUGUUUUACUCUGCAUUCACAUAGUCCUUCUCUAGCUACUAUGGAAUAAGUUAAUGUAGUGGAAGCAUGAAAGGAGAAAGUGGGUGUGGCUCCACGUUGAGAGCAAUAGUUGGAGAAGGCUUUCUUUAUAUGUCUCCUUGAAGUAAGUGUUGGCACCUUUUCAGUCUACUCUAGGUCACAGAAUUUGGUUUGGAAGUGAAUAGGAUGAAAUUUGGGCUUUUGACCAUAAAACUGUACUUACUCGCUGUAGAAAAAUGCAUUCUUCAUACUCUUCCCUUGCUAGUCCCCAAACACACACACAGUGAGAUGUCCAGAGUGCCCGCGUGUCGACCACAUAGGCAUGUUGAACUUGGUCCAGUAAUGCUAAUGUUUAACCUGCUUUCUGUCGUUGUCAGCUGGUGCCCACGGAGAUGAACUCGGGAUAGGUAACGUUCCCAGAUACCCUCUGGAAAACUUUAACUUUGGUGCAGAUUGCUCUGAUGUAGCUAACUGCGAUGGCAUUGGCUUCUGCCUUGGAGUGGACUGAUUUACCCUGAAAUGACUCUCUAACCUGCAUCUUAAACAGUGUAGUUGGUUCUGGUGCAAAUAGAUUAAUUCUGAAGUGAUGGACAUUUUGAUUCUCAUGCAAAAUAGCUACAUCCUACCAGAAGGGGUUGAACCAGUUUCUCUGAACAGUGAUGACCUUCACUGUACAGUUUUGGGUAUGUCUCAGGGAUUCCUUGUGGAAAUAAGGGCAGUUAACAAAAAAAAAAAAAAAACAAAAAAAAAAAAAAAGAAAGAAAGAAAAAAAAAAGUAAAUAGUUUUAAAAGUAAAUAAUAAUUUAAGGUAGAGCGUCACCGAAGUGAGAGCGCAAGAAGGAGAAAUCUUUAUUCAGUUUUAUAGUCAACGAUGUCUGGCUUACGGACUCUUUCUCUUCUCGGGGCUCUCAUCUCAAGUUCAACGUACAGAAUCUUUUUCAUCACGCUCAGCUUUAAACUUUUUAUUUAAAGAUACCCUUCCCCAAUGAGCUUUCAGAAUACUUAUUGUAGAUUUUAAGAGAAAUGGUAUAUUAAUUUAUGCUAUUAACAUCACCUCAUAAAUUAUAAGUUUUAUACUAAAGCUGUAUUGAGUGUAAUGAAUUAUGUUGCAUAUGUGUUUUUAAUAGCUAUAAAAUUAUAUACAAGCUUUUUUGGAAAAACAAACUAGUGAAGCACCUUUUUACACUGGAUCUUUGCCGUGUCAAGGUGUACAGCUAUUCUUUGCUACCUUGCAGAUAUCUAUAUCUAUAUAUAGAUAUAUAUAUAAAUAAAAUAAAAUGGUAUCCUGUAUCAACAAGUAUAGAACUCUUUUUAACCCUUAUAUUACUGUUCCUAUAACUCUUUUUAAAAUUUGAGUGUUACAUUCUGCAAUAAUUUAUCCGUGGUUUGUACCUAUGAUUAGAAAUUUAGUUACAGGGUAAAUAGAUCAAAUUUUAAAAAUCCAACUACUGUAGCUGGAAGUCGUGAACCAAGUUUGUAAGACCUUUUCUUUUUUUUUAAUGUAUUUAUUUCCAGUUAGCUCUGUGAGUUGGAAUUUGAAAAGUUGGAACAUUAGGAAUCUACAGUGUCUUAUUCAGGAAUUUUCCCCCUCCUUUCCUCACAAAGGAAUUCCCACUGUGACUUAUAAAUAGAAUUAGACUGCUUGUGUGCAUGUAUGUAUUAUAUAUACACACAAAAAAUAUGCAUUGGGGGGGAUGUAUGUGCGAUACGAAUGUGUAUAUUGUAUGUAGGUCAUAGUUUUGUAAAGAGAAAAGUAGUUGAGAGGAGAUGGAAUGUAUUGUAGAAAUGUGAUUAUUUAGUAGGGGGUUGUUAUGUCCUCACUGUUGUAUAAAUAACUGAAACUCUCUACUAUAUAAUCUUCUGUUAUAAGGCUAACUCUGAUAUCAUGUCAAUUUUACUGUUUUUCAAAUGAGUUACAUUGAGCCCUGUUUAAAAUGCCAUGAAAAUACCAAGCUCCCAAAGACAGCCUUUAAAUAAAACAAAGGGGGGAUGAAGAAUGAUGGGAGAAAUGAGUUUUUCAGGAGAAACUGAAUGGGAAGGUUUGCAUUUGGUGGGAUGGGGAGGCAUGAGAAUUGCUGUAUCUUUGCAAAUUAAUACCCAAAUCUCCUGUGGUCUAACUUGGAAAAUGUUGUCAAUCAGUGUACUUGUGUUUUCCAAUGAGGUUGUAAGGGGCACUGUUUGUGGAGUGGUCUCCAUUCCAUAAAAGGGUUUUGUCUUCAAAGUAGAUAUUUUUCUUUCAUGAGGAUCUUUGUGUAUAUCAUUUUGCCCCAAAAUUGCUGUUGUGGGAUUGCAGAACAAAAAAA